AUGAGGCUCUUAGCGCAGCGUUUGACCUCUGUCAAGCACUUUGGAUCAGGACACCAUAUUCGCGAGUUCUUCCGAUCAGCGAGAUCGGCAUCUUGGGCCACGUUUUCGACCUUCUGGGUCUUUCUCGCCGUCGCUAGCUACUUGCUGUACUCCCGGCAAGAUCUCAAAUACUGGUGCAGCCCCAAGCUACGCCGUGAGGGAGAUCCAGAUGCAGUAGAUGACUGGCUGGAUGGCUACAUUGUCGAGCUCAUCCUGUCCAUGGAGACCUGGCACUUGCAUGGAGGAAAAUAUUUUCCUCUAUGCUCCGAAGCUGCAGUCUGGGAAGCUCUUUCUUUGAUUGAAUCCCAGUCUUCGCCGCUUGAGUUGACUCAGGAGAUUAUUCUGGUCUCAUUUCGUGUCACCUCCUUCUGUCAGAUGUUUUGGCAGAUGUGGCUCUUCAUGUUCGUGGCAAGCUAUUUGCAGGACAUCAAGAGCCUGCCAUAUCUUUUAGGGGCGUGGCUGAUAUAUAUCGGUGUCGCAAGCCUUCGGGAGGACGAUGAAGACAGCUUCGAUCCGGAGCACUCCGAUCUGUUCAGAAUGCUCCGUACCGGCUUGGGUGCCCUAUCUGAGAACUUAGACACGGUGGACAUUUGGAUCAUGUGCAGCAGGCUCAUGCCGCAUUAUCCUCAUGACGGCAGCGCCACGGAUGCAAAGGACAUGCACGAAGAAUGCAUGUUCAAGCGCGACGAGAGUGGCAAGCUGUGUGUGACCAUGCUCCUGCCGGUCACAGCCUGCAUCGUCGUCAUCAUGUUGGUCAUGGAGGUAGAC